UUGAAAUCCAAACAACUUGACUCAGUAUAUAGUUUAUUUUGGAAUAUAUAUAUUCUAAAUGCAUCUUGGAAAUACACUUCUUUUCUGCUGCAGCCCAGGGCGUUUAUUCAGUUUAAACAGGAAUCAAGAGGUUGAUCUGUGAGGACACAUUCUCCAAACUGUCUGCCCUAAAGAGAAUUAGGAGGCGGGUUUCUAAGUUUGGAGGGAGUGUGUUUGCCCCUUUUCCAGAGGAAUAAGAGAUGACUGAAAGCAAAUAUAUGGACCACUAGAUAAAAUUCAGAUGGACUUCUAAGUAGUUUGAUGUCAUCCUUUACCUGAGACUUCCAGAGAAGACAAGGCAGGGCAGAGAAAAGGAGGAAGAAUACGCAACAGCUUUUGAAGUAUUUGCCGUGGAGGUGUGUCAAGAUGAAUAAUUGGAGCUACAUUCUUAUUGUUUCCAUUUUAACUACUUGGUGCUGCACAGAUGCUCAAGCUACUGUCUGCAGAGAAGCUUCUGUCGCUGAUAUCGUGUUCAUGGUGGAUGGAUCAUGGAGUAUAGGACCUAAAAACUUCAGAAUCAUACAAGACUUUCUCUACACAUUGGUUAAUAGUUUUGACAUUGGAAAAGACAAAAUUCAAGUUGGGAUGAUUCAGUAUAGUGAUGAUCCUCGCAAUGAAUUCUUGUUGAAUUUUUUCCAUCAGAAAAAGGACAUUUUAAAGAAAAUACAAAAUCUAAUCUACAAAGGUGGGGGUACCAAAACUGGAAAAAGUUUGAAGUUUUUGCUAGAUGAGCAGUUCAGUGAAAUGGCUGGAAGUCGACACAGUGAAGGUGUUCCCCAAAUUGCAGUAGUGAUAACAGAUGGGCAAAGUCAAGACAACUUUUCUGGGCCAGCAGAAGAAGUCAAGAAUGCAGGCAUCAUACUUUAUGCCAUAGGCAUCAAAGAUGCUAUUUUGUCUGAGCUUCAGGAAAUUGCUAGUGAUCCAGAGGAAAUGCAUGUUUAUAAUGUGGAAGAUUUUGCUAGUUUGCAAGGUAUCUCUCAGAACAUACUCCAAGUGUUAUGUACUACUGUCGAGGAAGCCUCUCAAGAAUUUAUACAUAUUUUUCCAGUAUGCCGAAAAGCCACUGUGGCUGACAUUGUGUUUUUGGUGGACAGUUCAUCAAGCAUUGAUUUGGAGAAUUUCCAGAAGGUGAAAAGUUUCCUCUACAACCUGAUUUCCAACCUUUUUGUUGGUCAUGACCAGAUCAGAAUUGGACUGGCCCAGUAUAGUGAUGAAAUCUUUAGCGAGUUUCAUCUAAACCAAUAUCCUUCAAAAAAUGAUAUUCUAGAACAUAUAGAGAACUUGACCUUACGGAAAGGAAGCACUUACACAGGUGCUGCUUUGGAUUUUAUCAAGGAAGAAUACUUCACUGAAUCUGCUGGGAGCAGAAUCCAAGAAAAUAUCCCACAAGUAUUGGUCCUACUCACAGAUGGGGAGUCACAUGAUGAAGUUAAAGUUCCAGCCCGCAAAUUAAAAAAUGAAAGAAUCUUAAUUUAUGUGGUGGGCAUUGGGAUCCAGAACACCACUGAACUUAUGAAUAUUGCAAACCAACCUUUUAACAAGUUUCUGUUUAAUGUUGACAAUUUUGAUAUCCUUCAAGACCUUAUCAACAGCCUUCUUGAAACAAUGUGCUUUGCUUUGGAGAGCCAGAUUAAAGCAUUCACAAAGCGCUAUGCUGAUAUUGUUUUCCUUUUGGACUCCUCUAACAGCAUGGGAUCUGCCAAUUUUGAAAAAGUAAAAAAAGUAAUUGUCCAGAUUGUUGAACAAUUGGACAUUGGCUCUAAAAAAUACCAGAUUGGACUUGCACAGUACAGCGAAGGAGGGAAAGUGGAAUUUUUACUGAAUAGAUAUAAGACGAAGAAAGAUAUUCUUAACCAUAUUCAGCAGAGCACUGUAUUCAUGGGAGGCCCUCUGAAGACUGGCAGUGCUCUCCGAUUUUUGCGAGAAGUCUAUUUUGUUGAAAAAGCUGGAAGCCGUCUUCGGCAAGGAACACCACAAUUUACAGUGAUUUUUUCCUCUGCUAAAUCGGAGGAUGAUGUCAAGAAACCUGCAAAAGAACUGAAAGAAAUGGGAGUGAACAUUGCAACAGUUGAUGUCUUACACUCUGAUAAGAAAGAAAUGAAAAUGAUUGCUACCUCCCCUUUAGUUUACCAGAUUGAUGAUAUAGAGGAUCUUGUUCGGGUUCAGAAAAUCAUAGAUAUUGUGGAAGCACCCGUUCAGCAAGAGUAUGAGGCUGUUUUAGAUGCAAGUGUGCCUGCAGUUUGCUCCACUGCCUCAGUGGCAGACAUUGUGUUUCUUGUGGAUGAAUCCACUCGCAUUGGUCAAAAGAAUUUUCAAUUGAUCAGGACUUUUCUGCUCAAAAUAAUCAAUGCUCUGGAAAUUGCCUCAGAUGAUGUACGAGUUGCCUUGGUACUUUACAGCGAUAAGCCAAGAUUAGAGUUUAGCCUGAAUACAUUUGAAGACAAAUCAGAGGUUAUGAACUAUCUAAAAAGAUUGCCUUAUCGUGGGGGGCAAACAUAUACAGGUGCUGCUAUAGACUUCCUAAAGAAAAAAGUUUUCACCAAGAGAGCAGGAAGCAGGAAAAGUCAAGGAGUGCAGCAAUUGGCUGUUGUGAUCACGGAUGGUCAGUCACUAGAUGAUUUCACUGUUCCUGCAUCCAAGCUUCGCCGGGCAGGUGUUACAGUUUAUGCUGUGGGUAUCCAAAACAUUUCUGCGAGUAGCCAACUGUACAAAAUUGCAUCUUAUCCCCCAAGGAAACAUGUUACUACCAUGGAAUAUUUCUUGCAACUAUCGAACUUGGAAUAUGUUAUAAAAAAACAACUUUGUAAUGAAAUAGUUUCACAAGCAUUUUCAAUUCCAGUGCAGGUUCGUUCCCUGAAGGAAGGCUGUGAAGAGACAGAGGAAGCAGAUAUUUAUUUCUUGAUUGAUAGUUCUGGCAGUAUACAGACAGAAGAGUUCCAUGAUAUGAAAGUCUUUAUGAAUGAAGUGAUUAGCAUGUUCCAGAUUGGCCCCAAUCAAGUUCGUUUUGGGGUGGUUCAAUAUGCAAGUGCUCCCAGUGAAGAGUUUCUGAUUAAUCAGUACAAUACAUUGACCCAAUUAAAAGAAGCAAUAAAAGCAAUCUGGCAGAUUGGUGGUGGCACUAAAACUGGAUAUGCUUUACAAUACAUGAAGAAUUUGUUCAAAACUUCAGCCAGGGACAAUGUCCCCCAGUUCCUCAUUGUUAUUACAGAUGGUGAAUCCCAGGAUCAAGUAACCAUGCCUGCAGAAAUGCUGCGGAAUGCAGGGAUUGUUAUAUAUGCCAUAGGUGUCAAGGAUGCUGCUAAAAGAGAACUAGAAGAUAUAGCUGGGACCAAAGACAGGAUGUUUUUUGUGAAUGAUUUUGAUUCCCUGAAGCUCAUCAAACAUGAUAUUGCACAGGAUAUUUGUUCUCCUGAGGCCUGUAAAAACUUGAAAGCUGACAUAAUUUUGCUAAUUGAUACAUCAGAAAGUAUGGAUCAGUUUGAAUUUGAACAGAUCAAGGAUUUCAUUGAUUUAAUUGUGAACAAGUCUGAUAUUGGGACUGAUAAGAUUCAGAUUGGGCUGCUCCAAUUUGGCUUCAAUCCAGAAGAAGUUUUCCCACUGAACAAGUACAACAACAAGGCUGACCUGAGGAAAGCAAUAACUACAAUGAGGCAAGUUCAAGAAGGAGCCAGAAUUGGAAGAGCUCUAGACUUUGCCUCCCUUUACUUUGACACAUCUGAGGGAGGGCGUUUGGGUGUAAAACAAUAUUUGAUAGUGGUCACAGAUGAGGAAUCUAGCGACGACGUGAGAAGAGCAGCCAGGGCACUCAGGAAGAAAGGUGUCAUCAUCUAUGCAAUUGGAAUACUGAAAGCAAACAACUCCCAGCUUUUAGACAUUGCUGGAACUCAGGAUAAAGUAUUUUCAGAGGAUUAUUUUCAGUCCCUCGUGUUUCUGGUGAAACCAAUUCUAUUUCAAAUUUGCAACCCUGAGGAGGUAUGCAAGCAAACUGAAGUUGCUGACAUAAUCUUUGUAGUUCAUGGAUCCAGAGACAUUACAGAUCUGCAAUUCAAGGGGAUUCAAAGACUUAUGGAAGUAAUUGUGAAUGAUUCAGUUGUGGGCAAAGACAAUGCUCAGUUUGGAGUUAUUAUUUUUGCGACUGUACCUGAGGAAAAAUUUCAGCUAAAUACCUAUUCCACAAAAUUUCAACUCAGGGAAGCCAUUAAAAACCUGGUUCCUUUAAGAGAAUUCACCUAUACAGCAAGAGCUUUGAAUUUUGCAAGGGAACGCUUUGGUGCUGCUUAUGGUGGCCGAACAUUAUACCUAGGUAUCACAAAGAUCAUCGUCCUGAUCACAGAUGAACCAACAACACCCACCGAUAAACCUAAUCUCUCAGCAGCAGUUCAGGCUUUGAAGCAAGAAGGCAUCCAGGUCAUUGCUGUAGGGAUAGAAGAUGCAAAUAGAACAGAACUAGCAGAAAUAGCUGGUGAGAAGGGGAAAUGGUUUUUUAGUCCCAGUUACAACGCACUGGACAGUUUAUACGAAAACAUAACUUAUCUUAUAUGUGAUGAAUCAAAACCAGCUUGUGGUACUGGAGAGGCAGAUCUUGUGUUUCUGAUUGAUGGCUCAGACAGCAUUUCAAAACAGAACUUUUCUACUAUGAAGACAUUCAUGAAAGAAGUAGUUGACAGCUUUAUCAUUGCAAAGGACAAAGUCCGGAUUGGGGUGGCUCAGUACAGCACAGAUCCUCAGAAAGAAUUUUAUCUCAAUGAAUUUUUUAAUAAUAAUGCCAUUAAAAAGAAGAUCGAUGCAAUUGCUCAGUUAAAAGGUCACACUUUCACAGGUGCAGGGUUGAAAUUUGUCAGGAGCUUUUUUGAAUCUGCGAAUGGUGGCCGACAAUAUAAUGGGGUGGUGCAGUAUUUGAUUGUCAUCACAGACGGGCGCUCUGAUGACAAAGUGGAGGAUGCAGCCAUUGUUCUAAGAAAAGAUGGCGUCCAAAUCUUUGUAAUAGGCAUUGGGACUUCAAUUUCUUUUGAGCUCCAAAAAAUUGCUGGCUUUCCUAGCAGAGUGUAUGUGUUGGAGGACUUUGAACAACUGCAAAGUGAUACAAGGAAGAUUGUCAAAGAGAUUUGUAAUCCUGGUGAUAAACCCACUCCAGAUUGUGAGAUAGAUAUUUCUAUAGGGGUGGAUAUCUCUGAGCCUGUGAGGUCUCCAUCUGCAGCCAGUUUGAAGGAAAAAAUACAAGCAUUCUUGCCUCAGAUCAUUCAACAAAUGAGUAUUGUAAAUAACAUCAGUUGUACUACAGUAACUCCAGAUGACCUCAGGUUCAGGUACCAAGUAUACACAGGAAGCAGCCCAACUUUGUUUGACUCAGGUUUUGAAAGUUACAGUGAUGAAAUCUUUCAGAAAUUCUGGGCUGUACAAACAACUGUGGAAACUCAUUUGACAGCGGACUUCCUGCAGUCUUUCUGGGACAGAUUGAUUACUGUGGACUCUGCCAAUGUGAAGGCUCUUCUCAUAUUUUCUGAUGGACCCGAUGAUAGGAUAGAUGUUCUUAAAACUACAGUGGAUGGUCUCCGUGGACAAGGACUAAAUGCAUUCUGGAUUGUUGCAUUAAAACAUUUUCCAGAAUAUCAUAUGUUGCAAGAACUUGAGUUCGGUAGAGGAUUUAGUUAUCGGGAGCCUUUAUAUUUUGGAAACCCUGAAUUACCAAGCAUGUUGAGAAGAACCAUUGACACUAUUAUAGAACGAGAAUGCUGUAAAGUUUGCUGCAAAUGUUUCGGGGAAGAUGGAAUUCAAGGGAUUGCUGGAUAUCCUGGAAAUAAGGGAAAGACAGGCUUUGUUGGCUAUUCAGGCCAUCCUGGUGAAGAAGGAGGAAUUGGAAAUCGUGGUCUGAUGGGUUCUAAUGGAACGCAAGGAGAAGUUGGAUGCUCUGGGGCUAGAGGUCCCAAGGGAGUAAGAGGAUAUAGUGGAAAAAAGGGUGAAGCUGGUAAUCCCGGGAUUGAUGGUAUUUAUGGACAGGAGGGAGAACAAGGAGUUCCUGGAUCACAUGGACAAAAGGGCCACUCAGGACGAAGGGGUAGAGAAGGCCCUAGAGGAGAACCUGGUGAGCCUGGACAGCCUGGAGCAAGAGGAGACAGUGGGUUUCUUGGAUCUGACAACAAUGAACUUGGUCCUCCGGGUAAAAAAGGAAAUAUGGGGCAGCAGGGAGAACCAGGGGAUGAUGGAGAGCCAGGAGAAGCAGGCGAGAGUGGUGCUAAUGGUCUUGUUGGGCAAAGAGGUCCUCCUGGUUUAAUGGGUGAACUAGGAAAUGAAGGGAACCAAGGCUAUCCUGGGGAAGCUGGGCUACGAGGGCAAACGGGUGUUUUAGGGUUACGAGGAAUACCUGGACCGCUAGGACCCCAUGGUUUACCUGGCCAUCAGGGUAAUGCAGGAAUCAAAGGCGAAUCUGGUGCUAUAGGAAAAAGAGGCCAUGUGGGUCCAAAGGGUGAACAAGGCGAUCCUGGAGAAAAAGGGCAAAUGGGGCUACCUGGAACAAGAGGUUUUCCUGGCAUUGAUGGUAGUAAUGGCUAUGGCCUUAUAGGAAGAAAAGGCACAAAGGGAUUGACUGGAUAUCCUGGAAACUCUGGACGACAGGGAGAAAUUGGUGAUCCAGGCAAUCCUGGAAACAAAGGUGCCAAAGGAAUUAAAGAACAAAGGGCCAGAGAUGGAACACCAGGGAAAAAGGGUAAUCCAGGCAGUCAAGGGCCACCUGGAAGAAUGGGUUCAAAGGGUCCAAAAGGCACAACUGCUAUGACGACUUGUCAACUUGUCAACCUUACAAGAGGAAACUGCCCUUGCUGUGUAGGCAAGAGCAAAUGUCCAGUUUACCCAACUGAAGUGGUGUUCGCUCUUGACAUGUCUGAAGAUGUUACUCCAGUUUCCUUUGAAAGGAUGAAAGACAUUAUGAAAUCUUUGCUGAAGGAUUUGAGCAUUAGCAGAAGCAAUUGCCCAACUGGUGCUAGGAUAUCAGUGCUUUCAUACAAUACCAAUAUAAAGUACCUCAUCCGGUUCUCCGACUUUCAGAGGAAAGAUCUCCUUAUGGAGGCAGUACAGGGAAUUCCUUUGGAGAGAUCUUCAGGCCAAAGGAAUAUCGGAAGGGCCAUGCGCUUUGUUGCCAGGAAUGCUUUUAAACGUCAUCGCCAAGGGGCUCUUAUAAAAAAAGUUGCUGUUUUCCUUACUGCUGGCCCAUCACAAGAUGCUGCUUCCAUCAAUACAGCUGUGCUGGAAUUCAGCGGUUUAGAUAUUAUCCCGACAGUCAUUGCUUUGAGAGAAACAUCAAAUGUCAGAGAAGCAUUUUUGACAGAUGAUACGGGUCGAUUUAAAUUGUUUGUUUGGGAAUCCAAAGAGGAAGAGAGAUUGAAUUAUGUUUCACUUUGUUCUCUCUGCUAUGAUACAUGUAAUCCUGUUUCACAAUGUGAAAUAAUGGAUCCCCCUCCAAUUAAUAUAAAUAUGGAUAUAGCUUAUAUCAUGGAUGGCUCUCGGGAUGUCAGCAGUGAGGAGUUUGAAACUAUGAAAGAGUUCAUGAGCAACAUGUUGGAUUAUUUUGCUAUUGCUUCCCUGCCACUUGAGUCAGACAAAGGAGCAAGAGUUGCUCUGGUACAACACGCUCCACGAAAUUUCUCAGGGACUGAAUUAUCAAGCCCAGUAUCUGAAGAGUUUGACUUGACUACAUACAGCACUAAGCACCUGAUGAAAACGCAUAUUCAGGAAUCACUCCGUCAGCUGGAAGGUCCAUCAGCUGUGGGUCAUGCUCUAGAAUGGACCAUUAAUAAUGUGUUCUUGGGCAUCGAUAGGCCAAGAAAGCACAAGGUCAUUUUUACAAUGCUGGGAAGUAAGACAAGCGCCUGGGAUAGAGAGAAACUUCUAAAAAUGUCAUUGGAAGCUAAAUGCCAAGGAUUCACCAUGUUCACUUUGGCCCUUGGCAGUGAAGCUGAUGAUUCAGAAAUGACAGAACUCUCCAGUGUUCCAGUGGAACAGCACCUGUUACAUAUGGGUAGAGCUGAUAAGCUUGAAUUGCCAUAUGCUCUGAGGUUUAGCAAGGCCUUCUUAAAUCUUUUGAAAAGGGAAUUGAAUAUUUAUCCUCCUAUAAUCCUGCAGGAAAAAUGUGACAACCUGCAUCGAGGAGACACCUAUCUGCAAGCUGUAGGGAUAACUGACAGGAUUCUGUUCUCUGACUCAAAACAUAAUGAUUUAUUUCAACCUUCAGAAUUAUCCAGGAAAAAUGUGCAAAAUAAAAUGCUAAAGACCACCCAAGGACCAAGAGAAGAACAAUAUGGUCAAAUAGAAAAUAAAUACUUCACUAGCAUCAGUAUUCAAAAUGGGGAUGGGACAGAGACUGAAGAACUUUUUGAGAAACUACAAAGAGCAAAGGAUGCUUGUUCAAAAGACACGGACAUUGGGGAGUGUGAAAAUUAUACUCUGAAGUGGUACUACCAUAAACAGCGAAACAUGUGCUUCCAGUUCUGGUAUGGUGGCUGUGGUGGAAAUAAAAAUAGAUUUGAAACUCAAGAAGAAUGUGAUGCUUUAUGUGUGGUAUCACCAUAGUAUGAAAAUUUAUAAACUGUAUGCCUAGCUAUGCACUAAAUAAGAAAAAAGUAAAAUGAAUCAAAUAUAAAUUCCCAUCUUCAGAUGAAACAGGUUUUUAAAUUCUUUGUUGCAGAGAGGAAAUCUGUAUAAUUCAUAGUUGCUUGAAUGCAAAUUUUAAACAACAAGCAUUCUUGUGUCAUUUAAAAAACCAACAUAUUUGGCAUUUUGGAGAUCAGCCUGUGUAUUGUCAACUUCUUAGUCCAUAAGAAUUUGUUUUCUGAUGACUUUUUUGUUGUUGUUAGACUGAAGUUACAAUCUUGUUCCCAAUUACCUUAAUAAAUACUGUUGUACUCAUGGAAUAAUGUGAAUACAGUGAUGUACUCAGAAUUGUAUUACAAUACAGUGAGAUUUCUGUUUCAUUUUUAAUGUCAUUGUAUUUCCAUGCUUUCAGAUUAUCUACUUUGGGAAUAUUGAAAGAAUUAUGUGAUUGAACAAAGAACAUUUAAUAUAGAUUACAAAAUGAAUAAAACUUGAUAUUGCUUUACAACACCUAAAUAUAUAUUUUGUUCAAAAGAAAAAUAAAACAAAACAAAAUAUGAUAUUUCAGACAACUGUAUAUUUAUCUUUAGUAAAACUAGAUGUAGAAAUGUUUUUUUUUAAGAUGCAUGCAGAAGUGCAGACAAUUUUUUUAAUAUUGCUUUUUGUUAGAAAUAAAUAUAUUGAACAAAAA